AACGCUACUCGUCGGGCUCUGCUCUUCGAUGUCUUGAUCUGGGAGGAGGGGCAGGGUUCCAAGGCAGGGCUGGCUGUGCGAGCAGGGAACAACGGCAAACACAGGAACUAGGAGCCAUCAUCCUUAUGCAAGCCGGCAGGCCCUGAAAGGCGGCCGUUUCGAGCUGGAUGGGAUGGGGGCUUCUCCUGUUUCAGCAUCUCGAAUUCAUAUAGCCUUUUGUCGCCCACCCUCACCUCUGUCCGUCCGUGUUGAACCCUCGGCCAACGAGACCCCGAAAGUCCCCUUUGAGUUGAUUCGACCACGCCGACGCCCCGCCCUUGCACGCAAAUACGAGAGCGCUCGGGAAGACGCCUGCGACCUGCUGCGCCCAAACCGGCAUUGCCUUCCAAUUCAAAUUAUCCAAGACACGGGAGGCACACCCACCCAUCCACCCGCACAGCACCCUCCCGCGCACACAGACUUGCACCCUCGCCCUCCACCGCCUAAGCGCUGGACCCUUGUCCCGGCCGCGACCCCAAAUCGAACGUUGCGCCUGCCACCCGCGUCGCGACCCUGCCAUUGGCCAAUUGCAACCUCCUGCAAAUUUAGACCAGACAGCUCACGCUCUGGUUGUCAGGGAGGGGACACUCUCGAUCCGGGGGCCGUCUUCGUUGGCCGCGCGCGCUUAUUCGAAACGGCGUGCUGCCGCCGCAACUGCAGCGCGAUCCGUCUGGCUGGGACGGGCGAGGCGAUCGAUCUUGACGUGAGAGAGGGUGCUUGCACGGCUUUCUUGUACCAGUUAUAAAGUGCCGCAAACUGCACCUUCCCGUCCCGUUCAUUGCUGCCGCCACUCGAAAGGUGUGCAGCAGUAAAGGCGCAGGCUCGCCAUGCAAUCCCCGACUCUCGUCACUUUCUUUCUGUAAGCGACAUAUUAUUCUCUUUUUUGUUGCCUUCAUCAGGCCCUCGCUAUUUUCGCCCAACUCGUUCCAGCCAGGCCAGCACAACCCAAGCUGGCACACUCCAUCGAAAGCUCGUUCAUGCCCCUCCCCACAACCAAAUUCACUGCAAUUACCCACCGACCAGCACUGCAGCCUCGUCGGGGUUGCCGCUCCAGCUUGGUCUCCUUUCUUUUGUCCCAAUCAACACUCUCCCUUUCUUCGUCCAACUCAUUGCCAUCAUCUUGUUUUUAUUGUCUCGACGCCCCAAUAGUGAGACCAGCCCAUCCACACGCACCGUCCACCUACGAGGAUCCUGGGACAACUUUACCAAAGCUUAUACCAUGGAGCGCGACGUUCGGCGAGACCGUGGUCAGUGGAAGGGAUGCCACUCUUUUGAGAAUGGGGGUCUCAAGAUGGGCGAGACUUAUUAUUACUAUUACGAGCUAGACGGCUCAACUGAGGUCCACGACCCGUCCCUGCCAUCCACCACAGCCUGCCCGUCACUACCGGGCCAGCCGGUCAACACCAUCCACGUUCCUUUCGAAAUGCCCGCUCGCAAACGCAGCGCCUCACUCAGCUCUGUCCGCGACUGCGACUUCAUGACGGUCAAGCCCGAGGAUAAAUUCAUCCCCACCCGCGCCGCGCCCCCGGAUCCAGAGCAGCCUCUCUGCCGCCGAGGUACCUCACACGUCCGAAGCCUAGUACACAAGCGAUCGACUCGGUCGUUGUCGCCCAACCCCUCGUGGUCGUGGUCCCCCCGUCGCCUCUUCAGUCGCAGCAAGUCGAGCCACAACCAGAAGGACAGCGCCAGGAACGAUGUCGAGCCCGACAGCCAUCCGGUCGUGGUUUUGAUGGAAGAGACGGACGAGAGGACCACGUUCCGCUCCCCCUCGGCUCAGAGCAGCCGCUCGAGAGAUAUUUCGCCCGACUCGCUACUCAGGUUUCUCUCGGACGACACUCCUCUACCGUCCGUCGAGUUUGCGGUUGAGGGGUACCUCGAUCGCCCUGCUGUCGCCACCACCGAAGACAUCGCCGAGGAGAACGACGACGAUGACAACUUUGCCACUUCAGCCCAAUCCGAGAGUGCACCUGUCACUGUCCUGUCGCCGCCGCCCUCGCAACGCUCGUUCUCGUCGUCCUCUAGCCUUGUCCUUCUCGACAAGAAAUCCAGGCCGCAGACGCCAGCGUACCCGAUUCGGUCAGCCCCAAGCCUUCCGACGCUGGAUGCCAGCCGCCCGCAGUCCCGCCUGUCCACAAACUCUCUUAUCGCUCCCCACUCGCCAGAGUCGACUCUCUCCCAAGCGCCUUCGUUCUACUUCUCCGAUGACGACGAUGAAGACGAGGAGGAGGCAGAGGUAGAUGUGGAAGAUGAUGGGUUUGGCCUGAAGCCCCUGCAGGCUAUCAACACCAGCUUCGGCCCGUCCUUUGGCAGCCUUCUGGCCAACUUUUCGUGCUAUACCCUGCCCGAAGCCGCAGUGAGCGAGAACAAGAUGACGACGACGACGACGACGAGGACCGAUGCCGCCGCCCACCAAGAGGCUGUGGCGCCGGUCAUCUCGAUUGCCCGCAUCGAAGAGACUAGCGAUCUGGCUGACGAGCUUCGCUGGAUGACCCCGGCCAUCACCAAGGCCUGAUAUACUACUACGGAUCGACUAGGCCAAUGGCAACUAAACUUUUAUUCACCUUGCCCUUCAUGUCGCUCGUUUCUGGCGGCAAAUGUCCACCACAUGUUUACACACAGACGGUCUCUGUUUUACUCAAAGCGAUGUAAUGAGCUAUUUUGACUGACUUUUUUUUUCCACGGUUGUUUGGGACCCGGAGUUCCUGCAUAGCAUAUAAACGGAUAUUGGGAAUGGGUUUCAAGGAUAGACUUCUUUCUUGGACGCACAUGUCGUCACGGGUUCCCUCGGCUCGGCCUUCAACAAGGCAUCACAAGGAUGGCUUUUAUUAUUUAUUUAUUUACUCAUUCAUCGCACAAUACUCUGUUGAUGUCUUUCGGUGGUCAAUCUGGUGACUAUGAAAACAGUGAUAGAAGCUCUCUCUUGCGGACCGAAUGGUCCGAUAACAGAAGCACGUCCGAACUUGCUGGGUUUCGCUCAUGCCAAAGCGG